GGGGGAACAGGCAAGGAUACACUUAACCAAAUGUUGGCCCAAGCAAUUGCCUCAGUAAAGAAGGAAGAAGACCCACCUUCUUUGGCAUUACUACCUAAGCCGACCUAUUCUGCCUAUGCUUCAGCUAAUGCUCCUGGCCAUUCUAGUGCCUUGACCAUUGCUAACAGGUUUACACCUCUUGGUAGACCA